GUCUUCUAGCUCAUCCGGUCCUAUCUGGGCCACCUCUGCUGCUGAUGCCUUUGCCGAUGGCCCAUCUAUCGGACAUGCCGUCAUAGUGAGCUCGGAUCGAAUCCUGUUCAUCCAUUUCCCUAUAGGCUGGUUCAUCUGUCCGUCUGCUCUAUUAAUUUUGGUUCUUCUGCUAAUUACAAAGAGAGAGUGGAGUUGUUAUAGGGCAAAGUGGCAACGGCAAGAGGGGCAGCAGCUUGAGAGGUUAGACAGCAGAAGCUGCGAUUUACUCCCUGGUGCAUCUGGUAUCGUGACGACUCUUGUGUGUUUGCGGUGUAGAGCUCUUGUUCGAUUCGGUGGGCGGUACCCGGUGCAACUGUCAACGAUCGUUGGAUCGGUGGUGGGUCGAUUCGUGCGCGUGGCUGUUUUUUUUUUACGAUUACUGACCGUCCGUUUUCCCGGUUCCGACUAUAUGUAGGCCCUGCUCAUUCGUCAAUAAAGUGAGUGUGUGCGUCGCUUAGCUGGGUAUGGUUUAUUAACGCUGAUGGCACCUCUAGCGUAUGGUGCGAUAAUGAGCUAGGACGGUGAUGUCUAUACGAAGAUGAGGGAAAAGAUCCGGCGGGGGUUUCAUGUUAAUUCCCAUCAACGAUAACGCAGAAUAGGCUACGUUGUCUGGUAUCGGCGGUGCACUCGGGUCAAUUAAUCGCCGAUGUCAUUCGAACCGCACGGCAAGAAGGAACAGUACCUAUGAAUCUGUAUCUAAAAGAACCCUAAGGGGAAUGUAAAGAGAAAACGCAUAUGGCGUACGAGGAACCACGCCAGAAGUCAGCGUCAGAGCACUUAGCAUAAACAGAGUCGAAUAGAUUUAUAAGAGAUGGAUCACCUCCUCCGCGAUAGGGGAUCGCUGGUAGCCGCCCUCGGGGCCGGGGUCGUCGUCGGCAUUUCUGGCAUCUACAUGUACUACAGACUCAACAAGACAAUGAAUCGCGAGAUCAGUCAGUUGGCGGGGACGAUCGAUGACCUGAGAAAAGAGCUCUCGGACCUUCGCGAGAGGGAAGAGCUGCUCGAGGCGGCUGCACAGUGCCUUUCCCCCAUCAAGAGGUCAGCCUCGUCCAUUUCGAGGACCAGCAGUGCCAAUGGUUUUAAUUUCAGGAAACGGGCACCGCCGCCGCAGCGAGUUCGUCGAGUCGUUGACGGUGCUGCUGCGUCGUCCCCAUCGACGACAACCGAUUAUAUGACAGCUUUAGAAGCGACUCUUGUCAACGGUGUUCUCAGCGACGACGACGAUGAAGAGUUCUUCGAUUUUCCGGACUCUGAGCACGAGGCUAGCCAGUUUGCGGGCAAUCAGCCAUGGGCCGGUGCGGGCGAGAGUAUGGCGUCGCUUGACGUAGACGAAGGCGAUCGCUGGCUGACGCUUAUCGACGGCCGACUCGACGAUGCCACGACCGAUAAGGAGGAAAUUUACCUUCAGAUGAAGCUGAAGAAAUCCGAAUAUACUGAAAGUGCGCAUUUCUACUGGCGAUUGGCAAAGGCAACGCAUUUCGCCGGCAUUGUGGCUCAGAGCGCGGGAGACAUUGCAAAGAAACGAGAACUGGCCUUCGAGGCACACAAAUAUGCAAUGGAAGCGCUAAAGUUAGAUGAAGCAAAUCCCGAAUGUCACAAGUGGUUCGCUAUUGCUGUCGGGUCACUGUCCGAAUUUGUUGGUACACAACAAAAGAUCCAGAAUGGAUACUUAUUCAAAAAACACGUUGACAUAGCUGUGAAGCUCAAGCCACUUGACCCGACAUUACAUCACAUGCUUGGCCGGUGGUGUUAUGAGGUCGUGCAGUUAUCGUGGGUAGAGCGUAAGCUUGCAUCGACGCUCUAUACGAUACCGCCCGAGUCUACACUGCAAGAAGCCCGUGCCCACCUUUUCGAGGCAGAUAAACUCAAGCCGCACUGGAAGGAAAACAUGCUGUAUAUCGCAAAGACAUACAUUGGUGAAGCCAACUAUGCCCCUGCGAUAUCUUGGAUCGACCGUGCGAUUGAUGUCGCUUCGGAGACAGACGGCGAUCGGGUUGCCCAUAAGCGGCUCGUUGGUCUACAGGGAACGUACGCCAAAUACCGCCAAUAGGAAUAUGCAAUACAGCAAACAAUGAAGCAGCAUUAUAACAUUAUGAGGGGCACAAGUUAAUAUAAAACCAAUGCUCGCCGUCGUAGUCCUUGCAUUCAGGUGUCCACGAUAAACAUCGAAGAGGUUUUCGCUGUUGAGAUAUCAAAUAUCCGAAGGACGUGUUUGACCCAGCAAAUACCUGCUCAGCUAAACGUUGUCGUCUGUACAAUCUCGUCAAUACACGCAAGCAGUUCGAACACGGAGCAGACUUGCUUUUUUCUUAGUAAAAAGGAUCAUUUGGUAAGCAACAGAGAGAUGAAAUACGAAGGCAUAAUUUGAGCCAUUGCCCCAGGUAGUGAAAGAACAGGGUGCCUAAGAAUACCGGGUAGUAAAUAUAUUUCGUUGCAAAGUUGCCACAACUGAUGCGAUUCAGUGUCGGAGAACAAGCACACGAUAAAUAACUUGAAUAUCGUUGUUGCAUGCUAGAAAGUGUGGGGUUAUGAUUCAUUUAAGGCGUGCGGUAAAUGCUCGGCCCCCUAUAUAUAUAUAUGCCUCUUCUCGGCAAUGUAUGUAUAAUGUUACUGAUUGGUGUGGUCCCCCUUUCAACAUCUUUCAGCUCUGAAAAUUGUGGACGUCUGUUUACUUGUUGUCAACCCACGAAAUAAUAUAUACGAAUAAACAAUACUACCCUUAUUCGGAUGGCUUUACUAAGAAACAAAGUAGUCUAUGAAGUUGUCAUGGGUACCCAAAGGCGGCAUCUUGGUCAGUAGCGUACAAUCUGAUGCAUUAUCAUCUGUACAUAACAGAAUUUAAUGCUCUAAGUGCUUAACUCUUAAUUCCGAGACAGUCUAUGGACCACAUAGCAAAAUAAUCUAUUUUUCGUGCUGGGCUAUAUCCCAAAAUUUUUACGGAGAGAUUUGUCCUGAAAAGAUGCAGCUAAUAUGAAACCACGUAUUGUUCCGUAUCGUACUGCCACAAUGAAAACUACAUAGUAAAAACAUGGUCUAUCUACAAAAAAUCCCUUUUUAUUGGCAAACUGUUCUGAAAUUUGCCUGCCUUCUCCAACCUUUUUUCCUGAGGCGCAGCCUUCAAUUGGAUAAUUUCGCGAUUUCAUGCUCGCGUACGAUGCAUAUACGUAUGUCGACGAACAUGACAACGAUGCCGUCAACCAAACCGAUCUAUGUUAGAUAGCGGUAACAGCAAACUGCAAUAAGGCGAAAAAAACUGAUGUUUGCGUAAAAAGCAAAAUGUAUUGGUACACUUUGACGCAUGCAACGUCACGAAAAACGAGUAGAGAUAAAACGUUGAUUGAUUUUCUGAUCUGAUCUAGUGACGAUCUCUCGUCCCGCGCACAGAUUUGAAGACGUACGGUUGUGAUAAGAACGAUGGAGAGAGACGUUAACAACUUCACAGUAAAAGCAGACGAAAAAAGAAAAGUAGCAGACGGCACAGAGAAACAUCAAAUGAAACCCGUGAAAUGUCUAGAUGAUUUCAAAGUUCGCGCUUAGUCGUGCGCUAGCGAUGAAACGAAAACGUUUCUACCAAGCAAAUAUCCCAACAAAUACUUAUAGUAAAAACAAAGCAGGGAACUGUAGUCAUCUAGACGGGGAGCAGAAUAGAUUUUUUAAACAAGAAGAUAUACUGAGAAAUGGAAAUAUGUUCUGAAAAUAAUAUAUCGAUACUAUGAUCAUAUGUAGCACACAGUAGGAAUAACUACCAGACGGGGGUCUGCACGCGAGUGUGAACUUAAGUACAGUAACUGUAAAAAUCAAGAGAAAAUUUUGUCUUGGUGCUGGAUCAAUUUUCGCCCGUUUUUUUUUUUCGAUGAUUUUCCGGUGAAGUCAGUAUUACAGAUUAACCCUAAAAAUAAUUUAUCUUUUUCCAGACCAGUUUUUGGUUUGGCGAAACGCCAAUAAAAUGUGUAAUAAUUGUAUUAUUAUUAUUAAAACGUAUCAACAGAGAUGCAAUGUAUUGUUCUGUUAUACUGACAAUAGCCACAUAUAUGGUAUAUGACGGAAGCAGUAGAAUACG